UAGUUUUCUGCUAUUACUGAAGUGAUUUAGAGUCACCACAGAAUAAUCGCUGUCACUUUUUUACUGUCCAGGGCGGAGCGUGUUUUCAAUGAAAGCACCACAGCUGUCAUAAGACUGAAUUGUUCUUAAGGAUCACAUGACAGCCUGGGAACCUCCUGUCUCUAAUCACAGAGUUUGCUCUCACCGUUAUUACUGUUAGGAGAAGAUGGCGGAAGAGAGGGAACCCCCACCGUUGGUAGAUGCAGGUCAGGUAGACUUUAUUGAAGUGGAGGACGGAGAAGAUCUUUUUGCAAGCGUCGUCACUACAAUAGAGCAGAUUAGCCCCACUUCUCCAGAGCCAGCCAGUUUGCCUGCAGAAGACAUCAGCAUAAACACCAAUGGACCUAAACAAGAAAUAUUAUUAGAUGAUGACCAAGAGGACCUAUUUCCUGAAGCAACAGAGGAGGUAUCACUGGACAGUCCAGAGAGGGAGCCAAUCCUGUCUGAUGGCCCAUCUCCUGCCAUCACACCAGUUACUCCCACAGGCAUAAUCACUCCGACAGUUGAAGGCUUUGGCUCUCUAGAUGAGGAUGAAGCUGAAGAAAAAGAGACUUUUGAUAUGCAGAUAACAGUAUCUGAUCCAGAGAAAGUGGGUGAUGGAAUGAAUGCUUAUAUGGCAUAUAAAGUGACAACCAAGACAUCCCUGAAACUUUUCAGCAGGAAUGAGUUUUCUGUGAAAAGGAGAUUCAGUGAUUUCCUGGGUCUGCAUAGCAAAUUGGCUUCUAAGUACAUGCACAUUGGCUACAUAGUCCCCCCGGCACCAGAGAAAAGCAUUGUGGGAAUGACAAAAGUCAAGGUUGGAAAAGAGGACUUGUCAUCUGCAGAAUUUGUAGAAAAAAGAAGGGCUGCUUUGGAAAGAUAUCUGAUGAGAACAGCGAAUCAUCCUGCUCUGCUAAAAGACUCUGAUGUCAUUCAGUUCUUGGAAAACACAGAGCUGCCGCGAGCAGUUAGCACCCAGGCACUGAGUGGAGCCGGAAUAUUGAGGAUGGUAAACAAAGCAGCCGACGCUGUCAACAAAAUGACAAUCAAGAUGAAUGAAUCGGAUGCGUGGUUUGAAGAAAAACAACAGCAGUUUGAGAACCUUGACGUCCAGCUCAGAAAACUGCAUGCCAGUGUGGAAUCGUUGGUUUGUCAUAGGAAAGAGUUAUCCAUGAACGCUGCAUUGUUUGCAAAGAGUGCUGCUAUGCUGGGAAAUUCGGAGGACCACACAGCUUUGUCGCGGGCCCUCUCUCAGCUUGCCGAGGUGGAAGAGAAGAUUGAUCAGUUGCAUCAAGAACAGGCCUAUGCUGACUUUUAUGUAUUCUCUGAGCUACUUGGUGACUACGUACGGCUUAUCACUGCUGUUAAGGGUGUGUUUGACCAGCGUAUGAAAACAUGGUCCAAAUGGCAGGAUGCUCAGCUCAUGCUACAACGGAAGAGAGAAGCUGAAGCUAAGCUACAGUAUGCCAACAAGCCCGACAAGCUCCAACAGGCCAAGGAUGAGAUAAAGGAGUGGGAAGCUAAAGUACAGCAGGGAGAGAGAGAUUUUGAGCAGAUAUCAAAGAACAUUCGCCGGGAAGUGGGGAGAUUCGAGAAACAAAGAGUGAAGGAUUUCAAAGUUGUCAUCAUCAAAUAUCUAGAAUCACUAGUAUAUACACAACAGCAGCUGAUCAAGUAUUGGGAAGCCUUCUUACCUGAAGCUAAAGCUAUAGCAUGAGUAGACAAAUUCCUGUGCAAAAGCAUUGGAGCCUAUUGCUCUUUUCUUAAUUUUUAUGUACAUCAUUCAAAAUGGAUGCAUGAACUUGGUGACCACUUGAAGACCAGUAUAAUAAAACACUAUAAAUCUUUUAAUUGCUAAGUCCAUACUUUUUGUCGUAAGUUGAUCACUAGUCUUUCGUUUGUUCUGAAGGGUGAAAUAUGGACAGUGGUAUUUACUGUUUACUGAUACACUACUGCUUAGUCUUUAGAUGUCCACGCACCAUAGUUGAAAUCCAUCAUAAUUGUAUUUUUGCCAAGGGAAAUGUGUGGUGGUGGGUGGGGUUGUGUGGGGUUUUUUUUUUUUUUUUUUGCAAUUCCCCCAAUAAACAUUCAGCAUGCAUCAUUUUGUUAAGCUAUUACUUAUUUGAUCCUUUACACAAAGUACAGCACUACAGUACUUAGUGUGCUGCUUUCUGCUAUACAUGUACAGUGGUGUGUGAUAUCAAUAUUACACACAAUAUAACUUUUAUAUAUAUUGCACAUGCAUGGUGUGUGUGUGAAAUAUAUUAUAAUAAAUGUGUAGUAAAUAUCUCUCUGGCUUCUUAGCCUAAAAUAUUUUGUAAAAAUGACACUUUUUUUUUUUUUUUUUUUUUUUUCUGUUUAAGCAGAUUUUCAGAUUUCGUUUCCUAAUUUUUUUUUUUUUUUAACUUUACAUUCCUGUGAAACAAUGCCAACAUUCUA